UUGUAAAGUAGUGCCUGAUGAUAUUUUUGUUUGUCAAUAAUCAAAAUAUUUUCUAUCAUACAUAUAUCAACAACCAUUAGAAUAAGUUGAUGUAUUGAGUUGUCAAAAGCAGUUGUUCUCCUUCUUAUUACAUAAGAUUACGUAAAAUGGCUUUAUACGUUUGAUCUGUUAAUAUUUUGUUGGGUUAAACAAAGGAUUAUUUAAAUCUAAUUGACUGAAUAGAGAUUAUAGUAAUAGUUUAGUCAAGAGGAUAUUUAAAAUAAGGGCGUAGAAAAAUCUUCUAGAAUACAAAAAAUGUACGACAUAAGCACACACACACUUGUCCGUGGAACAUUUAUAAAAAAUAAUCAUUCUCUUUUAUAUUUAGCUCAAGCUGAUAUUGAUUUACAAAAUUUGUUUAGCAAAGCAUUAAAGACUGAUAAUGAUCGACAAGUUUUAGUAUCGAUUGAACAACGUUUACCAGCAUUUCUUGAUCUUGAAAUUGCAAUUAUUAAAAUGUAUACUAUAAUUUUAAAUUUGAAAACAGUUGAUAAAAUUCAAUAG